GUGGGUAACGCGCCGCAAACAUGGCGGAUCCUAGAGAAGCGUCUUCAGAUGAAGAGAAGAAACACACACACAGAGCCGAAGACACACACACCGAAGACAUGAAGCCGAGCGAAGACACACACACCGAAGACAUGGAGCCGAGCGAGGACACACACACCGAAGAGACACACAAGAGCUUCAGAGACCUGGGCGUCACUGAGGUUCUGUGUGAAGCCUGUGAUCAGCUGGGCUGGAAGAAACCCACCAAGAUCCAGAUCGAGGCCAUUCCUGUGGCUCUGGAGGGGCGUGAUGUGAUCGGUCUGGCGGAGACGGGCUCGGGGAAGACGGGGGCGUUCGCUCUGCCGAUCCUCCAGUCUCUGCUGGCGUCGGCUCAGCGCCUGCACUCGCUCGUCCUCACGCCCACCCGAGAGCUGGCCUUCCAGAUCGCAGAGCAGUUCGACGCGCUCGGCUCCAGCAUCGGCGUCAAGACCGCGGUUGUCGUGGGAGGGAUUGAUAUGAUGUCUCAGGCUCUGGUUCUGGCCAAGAAACCUCACGUGGUCAUCGCGACUCCGGGCCGCUUGAUCGAUCACCUGGAGAACACCAAAGGGUUCAACCUGAGAGCGCUCAAAUAUCUGGUGAUGGACGAGGCCGACCGCAUUCUCAACAUGGACUUUGAGUCUGAGGUGGAUAAAGUCCUGAAGGUCAUUCCGCGCGACAGACGCACAUUCCUGUUUUCGGCCACAAUGACUAAAAAGGUGCAGAAGCUUCAGCGAGCUGCUCUACGGGACCCCGUCAAGUGCAGCGUUUCCACCAAAUACGCCACCGUCGACAAACUGCAGCAGUACUACAUAUUCAUCCCAUCAAAGUACAAGGACUGUUAUCUGGUCUCUAUCCUCAAUGAACUGGCCGGGAACUCCUUCAUGGUUUUCUGCGGCACUUGUAAUAAUGCCCAGCGUGUGGCGCUGCUGCUCAGGAACCUGGGAAUCACUGCCAUCCCACUGCACGGUCAGAUGAGUCAGAACAAGCGUCUCGGCGCACUCAACAAGUUCAAGUCAAAGUCCCGCUCGGUGCUGCUGGCCACGGAUGUGGCGUCCCGUGGGCUGGACAUCCCUCACGUCGACUGCGUCAUCAACUUUGACAUUCCCACACACUCCAAGGACUACAUCCACCGCGUGGGCCGCACGGCGAGAGCAGGGAGAUCUGGGAAAUCCAUCACCUUCGUCACACAGUAUGACGUGGAGCUGUUCCAGCGCAUCGAGACGCUGAUCGGGAAGAAACUGCCCGCCUUCCCCACACAGGAAGAGGAAGUGAUGAUGCUGGUGGAGCGAGUGAGCGAGGCUCAGCGAUUCGCACGCAUCGAGAUGAAGGAGAGCAGCGAGAAGAGGAAGCGGCCCAGAGCGGCCGAGGAAGAGGACGGCGAGCAGUCGAGCGGCGUGAGGAAGAUGGUCAAGGGCGGCUCCUUCAGAGGAACUCGAGGAACUCGCGGUGGCGGCUUCAAGAGAGGACGAUGA